AAGAUGGGGAAGCAGCCGGUGAAGUUGAAGGCAGUGGUUUACGCGCUAUCUCCGUUUCAGCAGAAGAUAAUGACCGGACUCUGGAAAGGUCUCCCGGAAAAGAUUCACCACAAGGUCUCCGAGAAUUGGAUCAGCGCCACUCUCCUCCUCACUCCUGUCCUCGGAACCUACUGGUAUGCUCAGCACUACCAGGAACAGGAGAAACUCGAGCACAGGUUCUGAACCAUCAAGUUUUGAAGCCAAUCUUCUUUAUAAAAAUCUUCUGCGUCAGUGAUUUUCUGAAACUCUUUUAUUGCCAAAAUAAAUGUUUUAUGACAAUCACUGUUGGUGUGCAUCUUUCUUUGAUAUGACAUUGAAUUGAGUGGAAUCGUAUUCUC